CAUGUUCACGUUAGUUCAGAAAGACUUGUUCUUAGGAAAUGGGAAAUGUUUUUAUGUGAAUUGAAUUGAGUAGACUGCACUAAAUUAUUUUCGCUGAGUCGAGUUCUGAUAAUUAGUGAUCGAUGUUAGUGAUUUGGGAUGACAUUUUAAAUGGAUAGAAAGGUUAAGUUUAUCGGUGCUUCGUGUGGACAGCAUGGACCUUAUACUUUUUACAAAGCUUUCAAAUAUAGAAAGCAUGGUGUGAAUAGAAUUGUGACUUUGGGUGAAUUUUUUUUUGUGAAACUGUGGAUCGACUCGGAUUUAUUGUGUAUCGGUGAACUACAGUUGUUAUGGAUUGAUAAGAACAGUGAACAAGUUUUGGCAAGCCUCAGACUGUAUUUUCUGCCAGAAAAUACACCUGAAGGGCGCAUGGAUCACGGUGAGGAUGAAGUGUUGGCGAUAGCAGAAAAAGUUGUACUGAGAGUCGAGGAUCUGGUAACGUGGAUAACCGUAGAUGCAGAAUGGACGUGGGGAAGAUUGGGAAAAAGCUGCAAACAGAUCAAAGAACCACCUGACGGAGAAGCGCAAGAAGUUAGUCCAGUUUCUCUUUCCGAAAGUUCCUUGGAUUUCUCAGAUGUGGAGAAGGAGAAGCAAAUUUUAAAAAACGAAUCUGACGAUGAUCUCGGACCGUCCGUGGUGAUCCUUAGUUACCCCAAAUACUGCCGGUACAGGGCGAUGAUGAAACGUUUGGAGGGCGUAGAAGACGAGUUCCUGAAAUACAACAUCGUAAAGGCCCUGGGCGGCUUUUCCUUCGGUGCAGAAAACACCAGGGUGAUGUUCUGCAAGGACACCUUCGAAUAUCCGGACUUGGAGGGCCACGAAUUGCUGUGCAAUCACCUUGCUCCUAAGCUGAAAGGACGUCCUAGGGGCAAGCGGAAAAAGAGGAGCGUUUCGCCAGGAUCCGAGAGCAACGAGUCAGAAUGUUCGGUGGUGACGUCUUUCACCGCCAAGUCUAAACUUUCUUCCGAGCCAGGUCAUAAUAAAAAUGGAUACUGUUUGGAGGCUUCCGCACCUAGAAGAAGUACAAGAUCGUCAGAUAAUAGUGAAUCGAAAGAAUUCUUAAAGAAACUCACUGCAUUCAUGAAGAUGAAAAGAACCCCUCUUGGUCGAACACCUUGUUUGGGAUCUAAAGAGAUUGAUCUCCACGACUUCUACACAAAAGUACAAAAAAUGGGAGGGUAUGACUCGGUAACAUCAAAUCGUAUUUGGAAAAAUAUAUCGGAUGAUAUGAGUGGUCAGCAAAACUCCAGUGCAGCUACAGUUAUCAAGAGACACUAUGAAAGGUUUUUACUGCCUUAUGAACGUCAUAUUAGAGGAGAAGAAUACAAACCGUUACCGGUUUCUGAAAGAAGAAGACUGAAAUCAAAAUCUGCCAACAACGCAACACGAUCUGAAGUUGAUGAUGAAACAGAUAGAGAUGUUCCACUUUGCUCGACGUCCAACGAUAAAUCGCCUUCACCAAAGUCAACAGUCUCUCAGAAUUCUAAAGAAACCAUUGGAAAUUCUAAGCAAGAACCGAAAAUAUCGUCUUUGAGAAGUGUUAGAGUGAAACCAGAACGCCAGAAAGAUAAGUUCGCUAAAGUGGUUAAAAUGGAAGAAAUAAACUCUGAUAAAGAAAUUCAAGACGUGAUAAAACUCGAAAAUAGGUCAUCAACAGUUAUAACAAAUAUAGCGAAAGAAGAAUGUAAAGAAGAAGAAAAACUAUCAGUGAAAAUUGAAAAUUCUACAAUCGAUGAAAAACCUUCUACACAACUUGACGAUUCAUCGACUGUAGAAUACAAAGAAAACGAUAUUUCAAAUGAGAUAAAAGAUUGUUGUAAAAAUAAAGAUUUAGUUAUAGUGCCAUGCAAUUCGACAUCUCCAGAUGAGAAUGAUCAAAAAGUACCAAGUCUGGAAGACAUAAAACAAGAGUCGUCCCGUCUCAUAGAUGAACUGAGAAAAGAAAAAUUAGACAUUUUGAAAGAAGGUGGUUUGGAAGUAACACCUGUCUGUUCUGUUUCUAACACUAUUACAAAUAAUGAUGUGAAAGAUCCAUUUAUUCCUUCGACACCAGUACACACAUCGAAAUCUUCAAGAAAGGACACUCGGCAAAUUUCUACACAGGGUGUACCGGUGAAACAUUUAUCAAUAAAUGUACCUCAGUCAUUAAAUAUCAGUAAAGUUACAGUACCAUCAGCUACAAAAAAUACUAGUAAACUAUUAAAUGUAUAUCCUUUCCCAGAGAAGACAGACUCAACAACACCUCCCAAGGUUGUUCAAUCCAAGUCCAUUUAUUCUUAUUCUGAAAAAACUGUUUAUGGAAAUCCAAAAGACUUUUUAUUAAAUAGUUACACUGUACAUACUCCAAAAGCUCCUGUGAAUUUGAUGAAACCGACUGGAGGAGAUCUCCUCGAUUUGACUGUGGCUAGUCCUCAGAAACCUUUCUUCGAUACUAGAAUUCCUAGUGUUCCUUCGACUGCUACGUCAUCGUUCAACUUCAACACGUCUAAAAAUGUUGUGAAAGCUGCCAAUUUGCCGAUUUUCGAGGGUAGAAAAUUAGGAUCAAACCUGGAAAUCACCCUCGUUGACUCAAAAGAUAAGGUACCUUCCUCAUUUUCAAGAGAACCAGACACGUCCUCUAGACUGAAAAAUACAGAUUAUUCCUUAUACCAAAUCCCAAAUAAACAAAUGGGUAUGGAAAAUUCAAAUAGUUACAAAAUCAAAAAAUGCAAUGAGAACGGUGAUUAUAUAAAACCAUCGACGUCUUCUGGCAACAAUCGAAAUAAGAGAUGCAGAGAGGAAAAUAAUCAAACCAAUCAUAGUUCUUCAACUAAUAAACGUCCCAGUAUGAAAGUGGAAAGUAAUAAUACUGCCUAUAAGGCCAGUGCAGAAACUGCCUCAGCUGCAAAGUACUUUCCGCAAGGGGUCCAAUUUCCUCAUUACUUGUCGCAAUUUUACGAAAGUAAUAAGGGAGUGAAUCCAUAUUUCCCCAUGAUUGAUCCUCUCUUGUAUUCGGCAGCAUUGCAAAGUUUGUAUCCGCAGACUAGUUCACCACUUCUCCAAUUCACAUCUCAAGAACAGCUGAAAUUAUAUACAGAAUUGAUGGCGCAACAGUCCAGGGCUCCUUACCCCUUCAUGCUACCAACAGAUGAAGAAUUUUCCAAUAACAAUAAGAAGUAAUUAUUGAAAAAUAAUUUAUCCUACUUCAGUUGUUUCCUUCAAAUUUUUACUGCUGGCUGGUGAUAUUUCCUCAUUCAAGGAAACGGACUAGAAUUUGAAAUUAAACAAUUUGGUACAUUGAAUUAUUUAGUUCUCAAACUCAAUAAGUCUCGAUAAAACCAAUUAAAUUUCUUUACAAAAAAUGGAAAUAAACAUGGUGUCCCAACAAAAUGUUGACAGGAAUGAUUUUAACUAUAAUAUUGUAUAUAUACAGGAUUAGAACUAUUUAGAGGGCCACUACAGGGAUAUCGAAAAUCGUUAGAAAGACAUGGUGGUUUAAAUUACAAAAAAGUUGCGUUAUUAAGGGAUUGGUGUGUUGGUGUGAACAGAUUCAAAAAAUCUCCAAUGGUUCCCGAGAUAUAUCGAAAAAACU